AUGCCACGCACAUUCGGUUACGCGCCUACCGACGCCCCAAGCAUUAAGACGGUAGUCCUGCGUGGCAAAGUACCUGUUGAUCCCGAUUCAUCCUACGUCCAUACACACCAAGUUUAUGUCGAUGACACUGGAGAAGUCUACGAUGCGCUGCUCACGCGAACUGACAUUGAUGUCAACGCAAACAGGUCCUAUUUGCUGCAGCUUCUGCACCCCAUCACCGACCGGGAGUCUGUUAUCCUACAUACACGUUGGACCAGGGUGGGGGGGAGGGGACAAUAUCAAGACAAGGGACCGUGGAAGCCUGCACUCGCGGUGGAGGAGUUCCGAAAGCAAUUCAAGAAGAAAACAGGAUUUUCGUGGGAAGACAGGAAGAUGCCACCGAAUAUUGGGAAGGAGGGGGAGUACAACCUUUGUGCGCGUGACUUUGAUCAUUCUGGACCUGAAGAAGCAGCUUCUCCAGUGGACAGUGAAUACGUGGAAGACGGCAUGAGAUCUCCUGCCCUGCAAGAGCUCAUGAAACUGAUCUUCAACGUCCCGUACAUGGACGCAACCCUCUCGUCCUUCUCGUAUGAUCAAAAGAAGGCGCCUCUGGGCAAGAUGUCGACAUCUAUACUGUUGAAAGGGUUGGAGGAACUGAGGAAGAUCAGCGAGGCGAUUGCUCAGCCGGAUACGAAGGCAAUCAACGAAAAGGGCGGCCUUGAAGCGGUAUGCCUGCAGUAUAGCAGUCGGUAUUACACGUACAUUCCCCACCUGUUCGGUCGUACCCGACCCGAAGUUAUCAAUACUCAACAUCUGCUCCAGCAGGAACUAAAUCUUAUUGAUGCGCUUAGCGACAUGGAGGUUACUUCAAAAUUACUCUCGGAUACUCUCUUGCACUUCGGCGAAGGGGAUGCUAUGAAACGGUUUGACAUGCAGCUCGCUUCGCUCCAACUGAAAGACACGCAUGGUACUGCGGAGAACUUCGGAGCUGAGGUGGUGGAUGUGUUCCGCAUCGAGAGAAAGGGCGAACAGGAGGCUUGGGAGGCUGCUGGUUCUCGCGCGACCAACUUCGGAGGGAUCCUCAAACAGGGCUUGCGUAUCGCCCCGCCCGAAGCCCCUAGCUCUGGAUCGAAGUUUGGCAAGGGUGUCUAUUUCGCAGACAUGAUGUGCACUUCUGUCGAGUACUGUCACUCGGAGCUUUCGGGCAACACUGGCCUCUUCCUGCUGUGCGAGGUCGCGGUAAAGCCCUUUUUCGAGGUGAGCCAGGAUGACUUUACCGCGGGAGAGAAGUGUUCCAAAGCGAGCGCAUUGGCGACCAAGGCGCUGGGUAAAACGGCUUCUGAUAUAUGGAUCGACGCUGGUGUGACUCUAGACCGGGACGAAUUGAAGGGUGCCAUCAUGCCCGGCGGACGGGGGAAGGCCGCCGAUAUACAGGAUUGCCGUCUUGAAUACAACGAGAUAAGCAUCGAGCACAAUUGCGACCGAGUAGAGGCUGAGGAGCAAACAGUAUGUGGUUUACCAGACGCAUCAAAUCAGGCAGCGGUACUUGGUGCGGUGCAAAUUCCCUCCAGCGGAGAAAUCCAAAUAGAGCAGUUGAGGUUGAUGCUUUCAUUCACGCCCCUGUAG